AUGAACGCCCAGCAGACAAGAAGUGCUGGAUUCGUCAAGGGGGCGUGCAAAAGUGUUCCCUACGUGAUGGCCAGCGGGAUACAUUGUCCAAGUGUCCAUGGCGGACAAUACCGUCACUGGGGAGCAUGGCUAGAGGAUCUUGAAGAAAAGUAUAUUCAAGAAGAAAUGCCUAUGUUCGCCACGACUGGGAAAACUUUCAAAGUUACGACCACAGACACAAUCGUACUCCCAUGCGAAGUGAUCAAUAUCGGUGAGUAA